UUAGUUAUCGCGUCCUGCUGUACCGAAGCGCGCUGAUGACUUACAAUCGGGUUGAACUUUUCAAAUCGCCCUCCCUCAGGACAUUUCCUCAGACCUGCCGUCCUAGUCCCUCCCUCGUCCGUGGCAUUGCAUACCUCCCGCCGCCCGGGGCCGCUGUCGCACUCUUCCCGCCCCGGCCGGAAAGCAGGCCGGCCCAGCAAGGCCGCGGCAUUUCCGCCGUACGUUCGCGGCGCUCUGCGUGCUCUCUACGUCCGGAGCUCCUGCGGUAGGCUUUUCCGGCCAUUCAUCGGCCCUGGUCGGUCCGGGCUUGGCACGUCCUCUGCAUUACCGACCAGAAAAGGGGCAGUUAGGCCGCCAGGAUGAAGCUCGUGAGAUUUUUGAUGAAACUGAGUCAUGAAACUGUAACCAUUGAAUUGAAGAAUGGAACACAGGUCCAUGGAACUAUCACAGGUGUCGAUGUCAGCAUGAAUACACAUCUUAAAGCUGUAAAAAUGACCCUGAAGAACAGAGAGCCCGUACAGCUGGAAACACUGAGCAUCCGAGGAAAUAACAUUCGAUAUUUUAUUCUGCCAGAUAGCUUACCUCUGGACACAUUACUUGUGGAUGUUGAACCCAAGGUGAAAUCUAAGAAAAGAGAAGCUGUUGCAGGAAGAGGCCGAGGCAGAGGAAGAGGCAGAGGCCGUGGCCGUGGCCGAGGAAGAGGGGGUCCCAGGCGAUAAUGGCUCUCGUGAUUACUGUUUCACAGUGACGGCUGAUUCUGCGUAUUUUUUGUACAGGUUUUUUUUUGUUUGUCGCUUUUUAAUAAACGUUAAGUGUUGGA